AUGCAUCGUUUGUCUUUCAUUUCCCUUGCUCUCCUUGUCUGCUUCGUCAACGCUGGAAUCUUGGAUUCCCUUCUAGGAAACGAAAACGACAAAAAAAUGAUUGAGAUCACAUCGAACGAUCAGGUUUAUAAUUUCCCAAAAGUCUCAAACCGCAUGACAUUCUUCAGAAUCAACCCGAACCGGAUAAUGCUCGAAACCCAGUUGAGGAAACUGGUCUUGCACUUCUUACCGAUGAUCAACCCAUUUCUAACAUGGACGAUCUAACUUCCGAAGGCCAGUCCGGAGUGGUUAUCCGUGCUAAACGGUACUAUGGAUGCGGUUGCGGAUGCUGCGGUUGCGGAUGCUGUGGAACUGUUGCCCCAGCCGCCACUGUCAUGCCAUGCGGAUGCGGAUGUUGCGGAUGCGGAUGGGGAUAA